AUGCAACCAAAGAAGAAAAAACAGAAGGUUGACGAGAAUGUUCUUCUCGGCUACACCACAGACAAUUUCAUCAGAAGUCAACUUGAAGAACUGUAUUCUGGAUUGAAGCAGUCCACAAACCCAGUCUCUGACCAGAUAAAAGAGUUGUUGUUGAACUUAAGACCAACCAAGAAGAAGACAAUCGAAGAAGCCGUCAUCGCCUUGAAAAAUAAGAAAUCUGUCUGGCCCCUACCGUCUGAUCUCACAAUUCCAAAUGGUACAUUUAAAUUCUUCCCACCAAAAGAAGUAGUUGAUGUUGGUGGUGUUAGGACAUCGACUCAUUUGAAAGCAUCAAAAUCAUCCGACUUACUGCUUCUGCUCUCAGAAAAAUUUUGCGAACCAAAAGAUUAUUUGAACGGAAGAUAUAUCGUCAAAAGAACUUUGUUCCUGAUGCACUUGAUCCCAAAACUCCGGAGUUGCGAUUUUGUGUCAAAUAUAAGGUUCAAAUAUUUUGAAAGGGACGUGCUCAAACCAGUCCUUCACGUUCAAUGUAAAACAGGUGGUUCUUUCAAUCUCAUACCUUCUGGCUGCACCUUCAAACUAUCUUUACUUAAUUUUGACAGAAAUGCCGUCAGACCUGAUAAAGUGUACGAUGGUGAAGAGGAAUGUUCAGAGAUCAGCACUCCGUAUUACAACAACUCCAUUCUCACUGACAUUCAUUCCCCUCAAUACGUAAGUUUUAUGUCAGUCAUUGAAGAUUCAGAAAACUUCAAACAGGCAUUGACCAUUCUCAAGUUCUGGCGUGCAAGAAAAGGUGUACAAAUUUCCGGACAUAUAUUGACAACAUUGUUCCUACAUCUAUACGAGUCAGGAUCUAUUGCUACAGAAAUGGACGUCCUAACAAUCUGCAGACAAGUUUGGUCCUUUUUAUCAACCAGCCUCGUUCCCGCAUUCUCUACAGGGAUCAUUGUUGGAGACACCACAAAGACCAUGGGUUACCCAGGCUUAUAUAUAGAUACUCUUGCUAACGUGUGCUACAACACUGACCUAGUAGCCUUGAAGGAGUUAUCUCGACACAGCGGGGUUAUGUUGGAAAUGUUGGAGUCGAGGGAGUACAAUACUCUCGUAUCUGUCAUGACUGAGAGAGUUUCCUCUCUUUAUGAUAUCUACGAUGUUGUUUACAAAGUCGAGAUCCCAGAAGCACCUCUACGAGAGAGUUCUUUACAAUAUUGUGGGGUGCAAUUCCGAGGUUUUAUAGACCAUGUCAGGUCCAUCCUCCUGAAAUCUUAUGGAGACAGGGUGAUGGAAAUCAAGAUGGAGUACAUUUUAAGUGAACCCUGGUCAAGGAAAUCUCCUCCAGGUCUCCCUAGCUCCGUAAUGAUUGCUCUCACCAUCGACAAAGAUAACUGGACAAGACUUGUCGACAGAGGCCCCUCAGCAGAUACCGUCCAAUCUAAAACGUUCAAAGAGUUUUGGGGGGAAAAGAGUGCUAUAAGGAGGUUCCAGGAUGGUUCCAUUGUUCAAGCAGUAGUGUGGGACGGUAAAACUGCGCAGGCACGUCGCAGUAUUCUCACCCAAAUCACAGAGCAUGUGUUGGGACGUCACGCCGGGAUCGCACCGGACAAGGUACAAGAGCUCAAGUUGGAGAGCCAGGAAAUAGUGGGCAGAACCUACUACGAGGGAGAUGGUGAGGAGCAGGCACAGAAAAUCAUCAAAACUUUCUCCGAGCUGAGUAAGAUCUUGAGAAAGUGCUCCAAGAUACCACUUACUAUAAACUCAGUGUUAGCCGUAUCUCCAGUGCUCAGAAACACUGAUCUGUUCCCACAAGCCGAGUAUCAAGUAAGCCGCUCAAAGAAGCAAGCUGCUCUCAAUACAAGUGAAGCAGUUCCCCCUUUCGUACAAGCUCACGAGAUGGUGUGUCACUUUGAGUUGAGUGGCAAGUGGCCAGAGGAUGUCCAGGGAAUCCUCCGAUUGAAGGCUGCCUUUUACCUGGCCCUCAAAGAGGAGCUAGAAAGCAUGCAUAUAACUGCUAAAGUAAACAUUAAAUUCCUCGACAUUGCCCGGAACGGGUUUGUGUUCAGGUUGAGAUUUCAUGUCCCGAAAGAAGAGAAACUAAGAGCGGGCAACAUUUCCUUCUGGGUGCCUUGUUCUGGUGCAGAGCUGAAAGUGCAAACAGUCAUCCUACCUUAUGUGUCAUCUCACCUCAGUAGUUUGAGUCUCCAGCACUCUGCCUACCCUCUAACAGUUAGAUUCCUAAAACACUGGGUCUCAAUUCACUGCCUCUCAAACUACAUUCCUGACAUAUUCUGUGAACUGGUAGUGGCCCACAUAUUCCUCAGUGCUACAGCUCACUCCACCCCCCAAACCGCUACAGCUGGGUUCCUUAGAGUUCUCUCCUUCCUCUCUUCAUUCGACUGGAACCUGUACCCGCUUCUCAUCAACUUCAACCAUGAGCUCAUAUCUGAAACUUUAGAGUUGUACACGAACUUCAUGAACACACGAAGUUCUUACCCUGACGCCUGUAUAGCGUGCCCUCAAAACGAACUGUCUGAUCUGACCCGAGAUUCUCCAACAAAAUCCUCUCUCAACAUCCUUAAACGGCUGGCAGAGAAAUCCCUCUCCAAUACCAACUCCCUAGAUUCUGUCUUCAAACCGAACACCACAUCCUACAACGUGAUCAUCCACUUGAAACGCAGCCAAACAGGGAGGUUCCCAACAGACAACCCUUCACAACACCACGCGAAGAGCUCUCACUUCCCAGUGGUGGAGUACGAACCAGCGCGGCUGUACGUGGAGGAGCUGAGCCGCGCAUACGGCCAGCUGUGUCUCUUCCUGUACAACAGAUACGCCCCCAGUGUGGUGGGUGUUGUGAUGAAGCGAGCUGGGAACGGUGAGGUGAAGUUCACUGUUAAUGGCUCUAUGGCAAAAGUAAGAACUGAGGGAGGUAUGGUGAAGAAUAAUCUGGAUGCUAUGUUGUCAGACUUUGAUCUGAUGGGGAAGGGUUUGGUUCAGAACAUUGAAGUACUUGAUCUUGAAAUUUGAGAAUGAGUAGAUAUGUUUUGCGGGAUAUUUAAUUACACCCUAAAAGAGCAGAGUGUUUGUUAUCGUGACAGUGCUGUAAUUUCUUUUAACUUCUAACUUAUUAUUUUAUCAGU